CACACGUCUGAAGAAAGCAAAUUAGAUUGCUCAUGGUCGGUCGGUCCGUCACCCCUGCUGUGCAGCGAGCAGCUCUGCGCGUCUCUCUGCCUCCUCCCGCCGACGCUGCUCGCGGAUCAGAUGCACACGGAACCACUCCACAGCGCUACAGCGACACGUCCAUACCAUACGACAUCACACACAGAUCUGAUCAAUUCGCGUGUGUCGUUGGCAGCCAUACGCGUAUCUGUCUUCGUAUGAGGUGAGUGUGUGGUCGAAGGUCUUGAGGGAAGGCAACGCACCGAUGCAGUACCUGCAUCAACGAACGCAAAAAGCGGUGGGUGCAACAUCCGCCUGUCUGUCUGUCUCCCUCUCGGCCUGAGUGAGCGUCGCGGCUGACCAUCUGUAGAAGUGGUGUGUCUUGUCUGAGAUGGCUAUCGGGUUGCCCAGCAAAGACAACGUCCUGCAGCCACAACACAACACAACACACACGAAGGAACGAACGAGACACAUGAGAAACGGUUGGGUUGGGUCCAUGCGGCUGGCCGGGUGAAUGCAUUGAACGCACCUCAGCUUUCGCAGCGCCCGCAGCUUCACCACUUCUGACAACCUGCAUGUAUGGUAUGCAGCGAGCCAGAUGCACUGCACCAUGGCAAUUGACAGCUCGUCUCUUCUGCGUGUGUGUUCCGGGGGAGAGGCUGGUUACUUGGUGAUUUGGUUGCAGUGGAGGUUCAGUGUCUCUAGCUCACUGAACUCGACCAACACCUGCAGAACGAAGGAAAAGAGAAGAUCCACAUCACAUCGUCCUGUGUGUAUCUCGUGUGUGCAGCUGAGCUAGUACGGUACGUCCAUACCGGGUCGAUGCCCCUCAGCUGGUUGAACGACAGAUCAAGCCUUCAUGGACAAAGGAGCGAGUGCGUGAAGGGCCACCCAUGUGUGUGUAUAGGUGAGUCACCACCCACCAGAGUAUGGACUGCAGGGGGUUGAUAACAAACCGCGACAGAAAGGCAGGAAGCUCAGUCAAAUGCACCAGCUGCAUUAAUUAAAGCGGAAACACAACGGUCGGUCGACCGGUCCCCACAGGUGAUUCUGUGUGUGUACCUGUACCUCUACCUACCUUGUUGUUGUUCAAUCGUGCGGCAGUGAUGCUCUUCUGAAUGUACAGCUUCCUCUCCUUCGACCCCACACCACCACCACCACCACCCCUACCAUGACCAACACCUACACACACAGGCAACGCGACCAACAACACACCCAUCCAAUCCUCCCUACCCAUCGCCCUCUCAGCCUACACAAUCAAAAUCGAUCCCUACUCACUCUGUGAUACGGCCGCUUGGCUGGUGGCGUGCGUGUGUCCAUCGCUGACAGGCAGGCUCUGCGCCAUGCCCGUCCGCUGGCUGGUAUGAUGGGAGCCGGGCAGCGGCUGUGAGUCGCUGAGGGGGAGGGGGCGGUCACUGGACGAGGCGGGGAGGGGGGGCGGGGAGGGGCUGUGACCAGAUGCAGCUGGUGCUGUUGUUGGUGGGGCAUCGCCUGGAGACGCUCCUCCUUGCGAGUAGAGGGCAGCGUUCACACACUUCAGGGCCAUGUCCUUGUUCGACGGCUCCUCAACACAAUCUGCAAACACACACACACACACACACACGCAAUGGGCAUAUUGUCCCUUGUGCUGCCCGUCGCUUCCUCGGGCCCCACGCACCAGCCAAGUCGGUGAUGUCUUUGAACUGCAGGUCCAGCACGAUGCCGACGCCAUAGGUCAUCCCAGCGUAUCGGCUCUUGGCGGCCACGGCGGCAGGCUGUGCGCCGGGAGUGGGGGACGCCAUUUAUCGAGUGCCUGUUGAGAGAACUCUUAAGAAGCAGCGAAACCGCCCGCUCUCGGCAAAAGAUGGAAGGUGCUCGCCAAUGGAAGCCAAAGGGACGUUGUGUGCCUCUCGAAGCAGCCACUCCUCUCCUCGGAAGGUUGU